UGUCCCAGAACCUUCUACGCCCACCCAGAACCCGACACCAAUUUGUUCUUCCCCAAACUCGCACUGAAGUCAAAACCCUAAUUCUUCGACCACAGACGUUGCGCUAUCAAUUGACGCAGACACCUAUGGCGAAGCGCUUAAUUCCAUUACUCAAUCGUGUCUUGAUCGAGAAAAUCGUGCCUCCUUCCAAAACCACCGCCGGCAUUCUUCUCCCCGAGAGCUCCACCAAGUUGAACUCCGGCAAGGUGGUUGCGGUGGGUCCUGGUGCACGAGAUAGAAGCGGGAAUCUGGUUCCGGUCUCUGUGAAAGAAGGUGACACCGUUCUUUUGCCUGAUUACGGAGGCACGCCGGUUAAGCUUGGGGAGAAAGAAUUCCAUUUGUUUAGAGACGAAGACAUUUUGGGAACUCUGCAUGAUUGAUUGGUCUAAUUCAACGGUGAUCUGAUCGUGCUUUUGCAAGAGCUCAUUCUGGUUCUUUGAGUUGGUUGAUGCUUCAUGCUUUAGCUUCUUACUGCAUAUGCAAGAAUGAAGAAUGUCGUCAAUUUAUGGUUAGUUUCCAUUUAGUUAAAUCUUAAUGGAACCAAUUUUCAGUUUCUCUUUGCCACUUCUGUUGCCAUUGUUAAUCUUCAUUCAGCAUCUUUCUUGAUAUUGUGACAAGAAAUGGAGAACUAUAGCUUAGUGCUAUUUUGUAUGACUUUUGGGGAAAGCCAAAUGACCUUGCACUACAGAAAAUAAGACAUGGUUAGAUAUGGAAUGGUGUGAUUAAAGCUGUGAGAGGAUUUGCCCAAGUUAUGUUCAUUAAGAUGGACAAUGAGAUAAUGACCCUUUGACGCCAUUUUAUGGGCCAACCUCAAAAUUCGAGUUUGAGAACUGUUGGGUGGGUCUUUAUUCUACAUAAACUACUUGCCUAUAGAAUACACUUCUCUUUAGCUCAACUAGUUGGAGACGUAUAUUUCCGACCAAAAGGUGGGGAUGUAUAUUGAAAACUUAGAAAGUAAUAUGUGUGUGUGUUUAUUUUUUAGUACAAUACUAUAUGUAUAUCAGGAAGAACACAGAGUUGAGAAA